UCCUGUUGGCCAACACAUUUACCGCUGUGCUGGGGAGGGUUUCCACCAGUGGAUAUAUCGUUAAAAAAAAAUAUAUAUAUAUUUGUUUAAUACUUAUUUAAUGUUAGGCAUAACGUUAGCAGUGUGGUUUAGCUUAUGUUUUUUAGGUUUAAAAAUCACAUUUUAAGAUGAGAAAUGUGAGAAAUGAGCGGGGUUUAUGACUUUGUGGUAACUAGUGACGACUGUGUUGGAGCUUGUUAUCUACGAACCAACUAUAAAGGCGUUUCCGUUUGUUUGACAGAAUGACUUCCGGACAAGGUGACCUUGUCUUUUCUCCGGAGUCAACCAUCACCUCCUUGUUGGCUAGCUCCGGACACCUGAGAGGCACCUUAAGGGACAACGAUCCGUCUCUCACCGGCAUCAGAUACCGGGACCGGGACUAUGAAUCGGCUACUGAGGCCCUGGAAGCCUACAUUGCAGACUUUGACAGAAGCCUGCACACUUCUGAAACUUCUACCGGGAGUCUGCAGCUCCAGAAAAACCUGCUAAGUUCUGCUCUGCCCAGAACCGAGUUCAGGAAUAAAGAUGUUCUUAGAGAGAGACUAACAGACCGGGAGCUGGACUUCCUGAAUCUUCCUGUGGGUUCUGGUCACCGUGGAACCUCAGACUGCAUCAGCCUGACCACCGACGAUCUGUUGGUGCUCCCAUGUGAUGGCUCCCUACCCGUGACUCGCACCUCUGCCUUCCUCACCCAGUCUGGGGACUACCCCCUGCGGCAGAGCUCCUACUCUAACUCCUGGUCCUCUAGGAGGCCUAGGCCUAAUAGCAGCUCUCAUAUUAAACGCUGCCUGCACUACUCUGCCCCUCACAACACUCCUCACAAGCUGUACCAGUCCAGAGCUGGAACUCAAGCAGAGGAAACCCAAAAGACAGAUCCCUUCACAGGCCCCAGAGUGAAGGGGAGCCUACGGCCCCAGCAUGGUCUCUACCACCAGACCACAGACUCCCCUGGUCCUUUCUCCUCCCACCACGAUUACCCUCGCUGGCUGACCAGCCAAAAGUCUGAGAUGGAUUUCUCUGGGGUCACCAGCGUUCCUGACCUGAAGUACCCCGCCUGGCUCCAGGAGUGCGACAAUGUUCCCAAAGACAUUUCCACCACUAAUAUAGACUUCUCAGAGUCUCGUAAGAAGACACAGCAUAGGGGCUGGGGCCCGACCCAGACCGUGCCUCCCUCCCCUAGACCUCCCUCCUGGCUGGGCGAGCUGGAGGCUUCCUAUGAGGAGCUAAAGGAAGGACAGAAGGAUAGUAACGGCGGCCAUCUUGAGGAUGUCUCUGGUUCUGAUGAUGACAGGCAACAACUUCUCAGAGGAGAGGCUGAUCACAGGACACUGAGGGAGUUUAGACUACGGUUUGCAGAGCGGCUAGCUUUAGCUGCAGAGGGAGAACGGAGCACUGAUUUCGACGAGCUCUUCAGAGGUGAUAAGAUCGAGAGUUUGAUCUUGAAGGCAGAGAAGGUCCUUAACUCACCGUCACUAGGCCUGACCAGCCAGCUGCAGAAGGACAUGGGACACAGCCCUGGUGGCUCAGAGGAUGUCCUAGAGGCUGAUCGCUCUUGGGACAACCCUGCCAUCACAUUUAAAUCUCCUGUACCUGUAGAGAGAGCAGAAGACACACUGAUCACCACAGAGCUUUUCAGAGACAGGAAAGACGAGGCUGCCUCAGGCUCAUGUUCGUCGGGCUACAGCAGCAGGAAACACCCUGGUCCGGUGGAGGCCCUCAAACAAAUGCUGUUUAGCCUUCAAGCCGUGGAGCAACAAGUCAGUCUGGAGAAUGAAAAGGAAGUAACCUCGGAGAAUGGUUCAACACCAACGUUGGAGGACGGCACACAACCACAGAUGAUAAUGAGGUCCGAUGACUAUGACACUGCACUUGGUGGACAAUCAUUAAAGAGGGCCUUGCAUCACCUUGGGAGAUUGAAGAGUCUAGUUGAAGACUCAGCUGGCGGGAAGUCCACAUCACAGGAAGGGAAAUACUCAUAGAAGACCAGCCAUAUCUUCCUAAGAGGACUUGCAUCGUUGUGUUGGUUACGUGAAAAUGGUCUGAAAAGCAGAAUGUCUAGGUCUUGAUUUGGACACUGAACAUGGAGGGGCCAAACCAGUAAAAUCUCAAUGAAGGGGGGAAUUUCAGUGUCUUGAUUAUUCAAACAUUAUUAUUUAUUUAUUAUUCGAACAGCACAAAAAUAGUCUGCCAUUUAACUACUCUUAAUAGCCUAAUGUUUGUAUUGUAAAUAACAGUUUAUAUUUUAUAUCUCAAGUGCACAUAACAUUUGUGAAUUCAGUAACGCCUUAAGGCAGUAAGAUCUCACAAAACCUGUUUUAAUAAAAUGAACGUUCACAACAA